CGCACCAAGAAAACAUCGAAGCAGCUAGUUAGCCAGCAAAGCAAGGCAGUUGGAAUUGCAGGCUGCCUAUAACGGUAACGUUACCUGUUCUCUACGCAAAGACAAUUGGACAUUUUUGGUAUAUUUCCGAUAAAGAACAUCUGUUAACAAUGAAGUUUCAGUACAAAGAAGAGCAUCCAUUUGAGAAGAGACGGUCAGAGGGAGAGAAAAUCAGAAAGAAGUAUCCUGACAGGGUUCCUGUCAUUGUGGAAAAGGCUCCCAAGGCCAGAAUAGGAGAUUUGGACAAGAAAAAGUACCUUGUCCCCUCUGACCUUACAGUGGGCCAGUUCUACUUCCUCAUCCGGAAAAGAAUUCACCUGAGAGCUGAGGAUGCUCUUUUCUUCUUUGUAAACAACGUCAUUCCCCCCACCUCAGCAACCAUGGGGCUGCUGUAUCAGGAGCACCACGAGGAGGACUUCUUCCUCUACAUUGCGUACAGUGAUGAAAGUGUCUACGGAGAAAGCCAAAGGGAAAUGUAACCCCCUCCACUCCUCCAAUCCCCUUCCACCUUCAUCUCUCAACCCUUUCCUCACCCUUUCCCCUGCCUCCAUUUAAAAUUCUAUUGUAAACCCAGAUUGGCAGCCUAGAGUUCCCAGAGCAAAGACACCUGAUGCACUUUUGUGGUCCUCCCAAUGCUCGAAUCUCUCUGUAUAUCCCACUCUUUCUCUUUUAGUUCUCUCUGAGUUUAGUCUGAGUGUUAUCUCUCUGCUGCUUCAACACUAUUGACCAGUGCCAGUAAUUGACCAGUGUCAGUAAUAAUUAUGAACAAUCCAGAGGGUCAAAACAACAUAAAGAGCUUCUCUGACUCAGUGUAAGUGACUGAGUAUGGUCAACUGGACAAUGUUGUACACGUAAUGUGAAUGUAAAACCAUCAAACAAAAAUGGGGGAGGGAAAUUAAUCCGGCAAAGGAAGUCAGUCGUUUUAAUAGACAUGUAGAGUUGUUUGACUGACUGGUCAUAUCUGGUCAGACAUAUCUGAUGGAAAUUUAAAUUAAAUUAAAUUAAUUUAAUUUAGUGCCCCACUAGACAAGCUUUGGUAUUACAAAUUUUUGCCUGUAGCUAGAAAUAAUAAGGAGGGUAAAAUUCAGACUAAGCAGUCAUUGAUCUUUUGUUUGUUCUCUGCAAUGCCAUCAUGAUUUAAUAUAAUUAUUAUAUAUUGUGUAUUAGUGAAUAUUUUAGCUUGCUUGAUUGAUGAAGAGUUUUAGUAAGCUACGUGAUAGAUUGAUUUAUUCUUUUCAUUUUUUAAGAGUUGGUUUGGUUUUUAAUCUUUGUUUUGUGAGUUUUUUUUUAUUAUUUGAACUCGGCAUACAGCUGCAUUACUGGUAUCUUCCACUUCAUAACAAUAUAAACUAGACAAAAAAAUA